AUGUCGUCGACGAGCAGCUUGCCCGCUGUGUGGGAUGGUUACCAAUUGCGCAUCUCGCCUCAGGCUUACGUUUUUGAACCAACUAGCAAGGCCAGAGCCGAGGUGCUUGUGAUCGACCGAAACGAUAGCACCCUCCGUUUGGCAGAGCAUGGAUCUGCACCCGGUGGCGAUAAGACCAUGUCGGUGCAAGCUAUUGUAGGCAUCAUCAAGCUUCAUAGCUCCGAGUUUCUUGUCGUGGUCAUCAGCAAGAAAAAGGUCGCCGAGAUUGCUGGUGCCGACAUCUAUAUGGCUACCGAGUUCCGUACGUUUCCGCUCGACAAGGAGGCGAAUCCUUCAUUGCUCAAACAUCCCGUCGAAAAGACACUCCUCGGCCUACUCAAGGCGCACCUCUACAGCGCUCCAUUCUAUUUUAGCUACGGCUACGAUCUCACCAGCAGCAUGCAACGCCAAGCUGGCCUUUCCAAUCCUUCGGCUCCGCUCUGGCAGCGUGCCGACGAUCGCUUCUUCUGGAACCGAUUCCUGAUGCAAAAGUUUGUUCACACCACUCAGUCUGGCAGCCAUGAUCUUUCGCGCUUCAUCUUGCCAUGCAUUUUUGGCUUCCUUGAGGUCAAGGAGGUCAAGAUCAACAACCACGCUUUCGUUCUCGGCCUCAUUGCUCGUCGCUCGCGCCACCGCGUAGGCACACGCUACUUUUCUCGAGGCAUCGACGUGGAUGGCAACGUGUCCAACUUCAACGAGACCGAACAGUUUGUCAUCACUAACCCCAAGAAUGGACCCACGAUGACCAAGGCCAAUGGCAGCAUCCGACAAAGCUACAUCCAGACGCGAGGCAGUGUCCCCGUGUUCUGGGCCGAAGUCAACAAUCUGCGCUACAAGCCCGAUCUGCAGAUCAUGGAGAAACCCGAGACUGCCGAGGCGACUCGUCGUCAUUUCGACGACCAAGUGGCACGAUACGGAGACAACUAUCUCGUCAACCUCGUUAACCAAAAGGGUUAUGAGAAGCCGGUCAAGGAGGCGUACGAGCGUGCCGUGGAAAAGCUGCACAACCCAAAGGUACACUACACGUACUACGACUUCCACCACGAGUGCAAGGGCAUGAAGUUCGAACGUGUCAUGGACCUCAUCGAGAGGUUGCAGACCAAGGGCCUCAAGAGCAACGACUACUUUGCGGUUGAGGAUGGCAAGGUAGUGAGUCAGCAGCGCUCUGUGGUGCGUACCAACUGCAUGGACUGUCUCGACCGAACCAACGUAGUGCAGGGUACCUUGGCGCGUUGGAUCCUCAACGAGCAGCUGCGAUCCAUUGGCAUUCUCUCGGGCGGCGAUCAGGUCGAGACCAAGAACGAGUUUAUGCAUGUCUACCGCAACGUUUGGGCUGACCACGCCGAUGUCAUCUCGAAGGCGUACAGCGGCACUGGUGCGCUCAAGACCGACUUUACGCGUACGGGCAAGCGUUCCAAGGAGGGGGCAUUGCAAGACGGUAUCAAUUCGGUCACGCGCUACAUCAAGAACAACUACUUUGAUGGUGCGCGACAGGAUGCCUACGACCUCUUCACGGGCGCUUGGGAGCCGUCGAAAGGGUUGCCGACUCCUGACCAACGUGCAUUGCUGGUGCGUUCCAUGCCUUGGGUGUUCCUGUUUGCGAUCAGCAUGGUGUUGGCCAGCUUGGUACUCCCGCGUCACACGGCGGCACAGACUAUCGGCUCGGUGGGAGGUGCAAACGCGGGAGAUGCGCUCCAGCAGUCUGCAUUGUCUCACGUCUACUUCUUUACCCUCUGGUUGGUGGUGGCUAUUGGCAGUGCACAGUUCAUGGUCUCGAGGGGCCUGGAUUAUGUUGCGUGGCCAACGCUUAACCGACCCGACGAGACAAUCUUCUAUGAUGGACCCGGUUUCAGGUCUGGUACCAAGGGUCGUACUGGUGUCAUCAAUCCGUUGAAGGCGCGCAAGUCGCACAACGGCGGUGUCAACGUUGUAGCUAGCAAUGCUGGAAGGAGAGGCGAGGCUUACUCGGUGUCGUCGUGA